AUGAUACAAGAAAGGCAAGCUCAAGUGACUUACCAUUUUACAAGUAACAAAUAUGACAAAAGACUGUCUGUACUACACACAUAUCAUUCAAAUCUAAUCUGCUUCAGUGAAGGGACAACAGUGGCAGGACACUCAAGAAAACCAGUGACAUUCUGGCACCAAAAUGAGCCCAAUUUUUCUGCAGAGCAGUGUGCUACAAUAGUUUUCUGGGAAUCUAGAGGAUGGGGUUGGAAUGAUGUUUUCUGUGAUUCUAAAAGGAAUUCAAUAUGUGAGAUGAAGAAGAUUUACCUAUGA